AUGGGAGUUAUUCGACCUUCUAGCUCUCCUUGGGCUUCCCCGAUUCUACUAGUACCCAAGAAGGAUUCUACCUGGAGGUUCUGUAUUGACUUCCGCAAGCUUAAUGACGUCACGGUCAAGGACAAGUUCCCCCUCCCUCGCAUCGACGACAUGCUCGCCGCACUGUCCG